CUGGAGCCCAGCUUUCCGGGAAGGACGCGGGGGUGAGCCCCACCACCCCGGCUGCUCCUUAUAAACCAACAGACAGCCCCGAGGCUGCAGGAGGUGGACCAUGUUUGCUGGGGCAGCCCUCCUGCUGCUCUGGGGUCUGGCCCUGAGCCCGGUGACUGAGCAGGCGACGUUCUUCGACCCCAGGCCAUCCCUGUGGGCUGAGGCUGGCUCACCGCUGGCACCUUGGGCCAACGUGACGCUGACCUGCCAGAGCCCGCUGCCGACCCAGGAGUUCCAGCUCCUCAAGGAUGGUGUGGGUCAGGAACCGGUGCACCUGGAGUCCCCUGCCCACGAGCACAGGUUCCCACUGGGACCAGUGACCAGCGCCACCCGGGGCCUCUACCGCUGCAGCUACAAGGGCAGCAAUGAUUGGAUCAGCCCGAGCAACCUGGUGGAGGUGACGGGAGCAGAGCCCCUGCCCGCACCCUCACUCUCAACCAGUCCUGUGUCCUGGAUCACACCCGGCCUGAACACCACGCUGCUGUGCUUCACGGGACUUCGAGGUGUGACCUUCCUGCUGAGGCGGGAAGGUGAAGACCAGUUUCUGGAGGUGGCUGAGGCCCCGGAGUCCACCCAAGCCACCUUCCCAGUCCACCGGGCUGGGAACUACAGCUGCAGCUACCGGACCCACGCAGCAGGCACCCCCUCGGAGCCCAGUGCCAUGGUGACCAUAGAGGAGCUGGCCCCGCCGCCGGCCCCCACAUUGACGGUGGACAGGGAGUCGGCCGGGGUCCUGAGGCCCGGCUCGCCCGCCUCGCUCACCUGCGUGGCACCCCUGAGCGGUGUGGAUUUCCAGCUGCGGCGGGGCGCGGAGGAGCAGCUGGUACCCCGGGCCAGCAGCAGUCCGGACCGCGUUUUCUUCAAGCUGAGCGCGCUGGCCCCGGGCGACGGCGGCGGCUACACCUGCCGCUACCGGCUGCGCGGCGAGCUGGCAGCCUGGUCCCGAGACAGUGCGCCGGCCGAGCUGGUGCUGAGCGACGGGACACUCCCCGAGCCGGAGCUGUCUGCCGAGCCCGCGACACUGAACCCCGCGCCGGGCGCUCUGGUGCAGCUGCGGUGCCAGGCACCCCGCGCCGGCGUGCGCUUCACCCUGCUGCGCAAGAACGCGGGCAGGCGCUGGGUGCCUCGCGUCCUGAGCCCCGCGGGCCCCGAGGCCCAAUUUGAGCUGCGCGACGUCUCGGCGGUGGACUCGGGCAAUUACAGCUGCGUCUACACGGACACGUCGCCGCCCUUCGCGGGCUCCAAGCCCAGCGCGACCCUGGAGCUGCGCGUGGACGGACCGCUGCCCAGGCCGCAGCUCCGGGCCCUGUGGACUGGGGCCGUGACUCCGGGCCGCGAUGCCGUCCUGCGCUGCGAGGCGCAGGUGCCCGACGUCUCCUUCCUGCUGCUGCGCGCGGGCGAAGAGGAGCCCUUGGCGGUGACCUGGUCCACCCACCGCUCCGCGGACCUGGUGCUGACCUACGUGGGGCCCCAGCACGCCGGCACGUACAGCUGCCGCUACCGCACCGACGGGCCCCGCUCCUUGCUGUCGGAGCUCAGCGACCCGGUGGAGCUCCGGGUGGCAGGAAGCUGACCCAGUGGCGGACCGGGUGCUGAUGGUAUCCUCGGGAAGUCCUUUCUCCAGCCUGCCUCCAAUGCCUUGUGCUGCAGCGGGAAGCUGGAGUUUUCCCUGGGAGGCAGGGGGAGUGUUCGCCUCUCCCUGAUCCAUCCCAGGAACUAAUAAAUAUGCAGA